AAAUAAUCAGCCCAGUUCAAGGCCGGUCGGACUAGCUUAUUGCGAAUUAAAGUGUGCAAGGCAGUCGCCAAUGUCGGUUCAGUGCAUACGCGUCCGUGCCCCGAGGUAGACAACAAAGGUUCACCUCGAUACCGCAGCGAUGGCUUCCAAAGUCUUGGUGCCGACUGGGCCGUUCACGAAAUUACAAGUAAAGAAAUCGCCAGCUGAGCCGAGCAGCAGUGGUUUCGUGUUGGCCGGCGAUGCUGCUGCCAGGGUUGCGCAUUUGGAGCACAGCGUGCGAUUCCUACAGGAGCAGCAUAGGCUGAUGCUAAGUGGACUUCAUACGGAGAUUGAAGCACUUCGAGAGAGGAAUAGGGAUCUCCAAUUCCAAUUGAUUUUCAACAAGGAAUCGUCUUCGAAGGCAGCACCGCCCGCUGCGUCUGAAAAUGGAGAAAACGUUGAGGAGGCAAAACUAAAGGCCGAGGUGUCCCGCCUUGAGCGCGAGGCGUCGGCAGCACGAGGCGAGGCAAGAGCUGCCGAGGCGCGCGCAUUGCAGUUGCAAAGGCUGGUUGACGCUCAGACUGAGAAACUCAAGUCCCUCUCCCUCGGCCCGUGCGCAUGCGAGGCGUCCGAAUCCCGCGCGGAGCUGCGUGCGCGGCUCAGCGACGCGGAGCGCCUCGUGCGCCGGCUGCGCGGCGACGCCGAGCGCCAGCGGAGAGAGGUACACACGGGCGGCUCCGUCACUAACCUACUGUUCGACGGAGCGCAGCACCUGCAAUGCAUGAAGAAUUCACUGCAUGCGUCUCUCCGAGCGUCGGGACUGGACGGUACCUACGGCUUCCAUAACAGCUACUUUCCGCCUGUCAACGCGCCGGAUUUCUGGAGGGAACCUAGCAGAGAAGAAUUCGCGAACUCAAUGAUAGCACGCCAGCAGCGCAACUCGCGGCGUCCCUUGACUUUGCCAGAACUUUCCGGCCAGCAAAUACAUCGUUCAACUGUUUAUGCAAAUCCAAUGGUUGCAGAACACACGAGGCCUCGGAACGGGUACGAGAAGAAGAGGCAGGGCGUCAACGGCGACGCUGUCUGCAACACACCGGAGGAACCUCCAGACAAGCACCGUUUAGUACCGAUACGCACGAACGAUACGAAACACUGUUUACCGAAAUUGGACUCUAACAAUAGAUAUCCAGAGUUGAAAAUCGUUGUUACAAAAAUGAUGCCGCAAGUACUUGCGGUAUCAGGCACGGGCACCGACACGCCGGCCGCCGCGCCGAACGGUGCGCCCGCGCAGCGCCCGCGGCAGCGGCGCGCGCACCGCAAGCACGCACAGACGGACCACACGUAAUGCGCACAAGCCAAAUAGUGGACUAGACAUCCUUCGAUGUUUUAAGUGGACGGUUCGCUGAGUGGAUGGAUAAUGUGAGCUUAGCACCGCGGUUUCUUGCUGAAAACUGUGUGAUCACCUGCCGGGGUUUUUCAUAAACAUAUUCUGUCAAACUUCGACUACGUGCGAUGGUGAAACUUCGUACAUUUAACCCCUCUUAAGGGUCGCAUUCUACAGAUCCGUGCGUGUGAAUUAAAAUCUAUUGUUUUAAAUGUCAAGGUCACUUUUCAAUGAUAAUUAAUGACAGGCAUCAUACAGGGGGUUAAGAAUUGCUAGUAGCUACUGUUGCUAGUGACAUUAUUUAUCCACUAAGCAACUCAAAGACUGUAAAAUUGUCAAAGGCGAACCUUUACCUGAUGCGACUAAGGCCCCGACAAGACUUUCUCGCAAAUAUCCAAUACAUGAUGUAUUCAAUAUGAGAUAUUAUGCGAUGAACCUUGUUCUAUGGGCUUCAUUAAUACCUACUUACUCGUACGCAUUAUUGGCUGCGCACUGACGACUAGCGAUAUGAGGGACAAUGCCAUCUAGGGAAAAACUUGGAAGUACCAACUUAAAAAGUUUUUUAUGAAAUGGAUAUACCGGAGAACUAUAACGCGCUAAGCUGAAAAACGUAUUUGUAAGUUUAAUGAUAAAGUAAUCUAC